AUGGCGAUGGCAUGGCAUAAGUACGGCGAUGAGCGCAGUGUGCAAGCGAUGUGUUCACUGCGCCAUCGCCGAGCAGGCGACGAGUCCGAAGAACCUGCGAGAGUAGAGCACGUGGCGAGCUUGAGAGGGGGGCCGCGACGAGGUUUGGAAGCUGGCGAUGAGGAGGUUGGAGAGGUUGACCCGGAGUAUAAAGUUGACUCGGAGCAGGAGGUUGACUCGGAGCAGGAAGUUGACCCGGAGUAUAAAGUUGACUCGGAGCAGGAGGUUGACUCGGAACAGGAGGUUGACUCGGAGAAGGAAGUUGACUCGACGCAGGAGGUUGACUCGGAGCAGAAAGUUGACUCGGAUAAGGAAGUUGGCUUGGAACAGAAAGUUGACUCGGAGCAGAAAGUUGACUCGAAGCAGGAGGUUGACUCGAAGCAGGAAGUUGACUCGGAGGAGGAGGUUGACUCGGAGCGUGACUUCGGGGGCUGA